UUCCUCUCAGACAACAGGGGUUUGGUCAAACGGCUUGAUCCUGACGCUGUUAAGAAAUCCGAUUUGUCCUAAGACUUCCUUCUGCUCGUCUUGGAACAUUUUUUUCAGCAAUUUAGACGCUUUCUCUGUCCAAUUUUUUUGGAUUUGUAGGUCAGUUUGCAUUCUUUUUGCUCGGUCGAUGCGAGAAAACUCACAGCAAAACACCUUAUUUUUUCCCCUUCCUGAAUCUCAAAGAUUUGCGAGCAGAUUUGAUAUCCAAAUAGGAGGAUCAAUUCGAGGGGAUAUUGUUUCUUUGGUAUCUGGAUCUAAAGAUGCCAUCUUUUUAUAUAAAUUCCAAGUUCUUGUGGAAGACUCGAGCUAAGUUUCAGUGAAAGAUCUCCGUCUGCUGCACAUAUCUCAACUUGUUUCCUGAGGAAAUCUGGGCAAAGAACGGAAGCCACUGGUUUCCAAAAUGGGAGCCCCGAUGGCUUCUCAGGUUUCUGAGGAUAAGGAGAGUGUGGAGGAGACAAUUGGACUCACCGGCGACGCUCCAAAGGAGAAGGAAGCUAUCGAGGUGGAACCGCGGUGCCGAUGGUCCCCUCUCAGCUGGUUCCGAAUGCUGGCGGACGAGAUGCAUUGGAGCUUUGUGUUCGGCGUGGUCACCGUGUAUGGAAUCAGCCAAGGCUUGGGCGGCGCCAUUUGGAGAGUGGCCUCGGAUUACUACUGGAAGGAUGUUCAGAAGGUGCAGCCAUCGGCAGCUCAGGUGUAUCAUGGGAUAAUUUCCCUCCCCUGGAUUGUGAAGCCCCUGUGGGGUCUUCUCACUGAUGUUCUUCCUAUGGCCGGGUAUCGCCGGCGGCCAUAUCUUAUUCUCGCAGGUCUUUUGGGAGUGACCUCUAUGCUUACACUGUCUCUGCACCAAAAACUGCAUGUUGUGUUUGCUUUGUUGGCCAUGACUGCCGGAAGUGCUGGGGUGGCAAUAGCAGAUGUGACUAUAGAUGCCUGUGUUGCUCAAAACAGUAUAAAUCACCCUGCACUUGCUGCUGACAUGCAAAGCUUAUGUGGAUUAAGUUCAUCAAUUGGAAGACUUCUGGGUUUCUCCAUCAGUGGUUUACUAGUUCAUGCAAUUGGUUCUCAGGGGGUACUUGGUUUGAUGGGCAUCCCUUUUGCACUGGUAUUUUCAGUUGGAAUAGUGCUGAAGGAGAUGCACACACCAGACUUUCCUUAUAAACAGGUAUACCAGAAGUUCGUGCAAGCCAGCCAAACUAUGUGGACAACUUUAAGAUGCCCUGAUGUAUGGAGGCCUUGUUUCUACAUGUAUAUGUCAUUUGCCUUCAGCUUGAACAUCCAAGAAGGAAUGUUCUAUUGGUACACAGAUUCAGCUUCAGGUCCAUCUUUCUCUCAGGGAGCAAUUGGCUUCAUUUUUGCUGUUGGUUCAGCGGGUUCCUUGCUUGGAGUUUUGCUCUACCAAAAUGUUCUGAAGGAUUAUCCAUUCUGUGGCUUGCUUUUCUGGGGUCAGUUGCUUUCUAGUUUAUCAGGAAUGAUGGAUUUGAUUUUGGUUCUUCGUCUAAACCUGAAGUUUGGGAUGCCUGAUUAUUUCUUUGUUGUGAUUGAUGAGUGUAUUUCUCAAAUGGUUGGCCGGCUCAAGUGGAUGCCGCUACUUGUACUCAGCUCCAAGCUCUGUCCCCCGGGCAUUGAGGGCACCUUUUUUGCUUUGCUUAUGUCCAUUGAUAAUGCUGGCGUGCUUACAUCAUCAUGGGGUGGUGGCCUACUGCUUCAUAUGCUUAAGGUUACUCGAGUGGAAUUUGGUAAUCUCUGGGCUGCUAUAUUGAUUAGGAACAUAAUGAGAGCAUUACCAUUAGCUCUUUUAUUUCUGAUUCCUAAAGGCGAUCCAAAUUCUACUAUUCUUCCUGCUGACAUUCUUACUGGAAACGAUAACAUAGAAGCUCAUGAAGCAGCAGUAAUUGAUAUCGAACUUGUCUCACUUGUUGACAAAAGCUGAUGGUGAAGCAGGAGAAUUACCUAUUUAUCAUUUUUGGGACAUGCUUGAUAUUUUGACUCCAUCAAACAUUUUCCCAUAUAUCAUCCAAUUGAGCUCAGAGGUGCAUUGAUUGGUCACAAAUAACAAGACUGGGUUGCUUCUUGUGUAACAAUGUGGUGGUCACAGAUAGUCAAACAGAGUUAAGAAAGCCUGUUGGCAUUCAACUUCAUUGUUUUUACUAGGAUAUCAUGAUCUUUGAAUAAUUGAAGUUUUUUUAUUUCUUUCUUGUCAAAGAUUUGUCGUGUAUUCAAUUCCCCUGUAUACUGUUGGGUUAAAAGAACCAGUUCAAGUUGACUAUAACAGAACCCAGGAUAUAUUUUCCUAGUACAGCCAUAUCUUUUUAUUCUACCG